AUUUAGUUCUGUGUGUAUUAUUAUGUUAAGACUGGCUGCGAGGCUACAACCCUGUCAUAUCGAUCGAAUGUCCAUGAGUAGCUGAGCAACGUAAACUGCGAACUGGCGACACAAGGCUCUUCGGCGUGCCGUAGGUUCGCCACGGAACUCGACUAAAUUAACUCAAAUUAUCUAACCGCUGAGACGUGGCGCAACGCCGCGUAACACCACCAAGCCUGCAUGGGUGACGUCACCCAGAAAUACACUUUAAUGGUACCCAACCAGAGCGCAUUGAAACAAAACGUGGCUCAUCAAGCCACUAGGUACUCAGCAAGGGACCCAAGAUUAAGAACUUAAGGACCAUUAUAUCAAGUAUCGUAGCAGCCUUUUGUUUAGCUUACCAUAAACGAUGGAGGAUGAAUGUGGCCUUGUCUUGAAGCGCAGCAGGACGCCCAGGUCCAAAGAUACUAAUGACGUCGUACGCGAGUCUCUUCUAUCAGAAUCCACUUCUGGAUUCGGUAAAGGAGAAGAAGACACGACCAGCAUUGGUACAACUUCAUUCUCUAGUCCCGAUUUGGAAAUAAGCAGCAAAGAAGCGGUUCUAUUUAAAUUCAACGAUAAAACCAAAAGGAAUAAUAAUAAUCAUGUCAAAAUAAUUGAAAAUCCAGCCGAUGAAGACGUUGACUUUGAUAGAUCGGUCGCUGGAGAUGAUAAAGUGUCCAUUCCAGACGGAGGAUGGGGCUGGGUGGUCGUUUUCUCGUCGUUCGUGAUAUCCAUGAUAGCUGACGGCAUCAGCUUCUCCUUUGGUUUGCUAUACAUAGAAUUUUUAGAGGAAUUUCAGGCCAGCAAAUCAACGACCGCCUGGAUCGGGAGUCUGUUCAUUGCUGUGCCAUUACUGUCGGGACCAGUGAUGAGUGCUUUAGUAGACAGAUAUGGUUGUCGAAGCAUGACAAUACUCGGUGGAAUUAUAUCGACAUUAGGCUUUGUGUUGGCAUCAAUCUCGACAACUUUAGAAAUGAUGAUGAUCACUUUUGGUGUGAUCGCUGGACUUGGAUUGGGUCUGGUUUACGUCACAGCCGUCGUAUCAAUCGCCUAUUGGUUUGAAAAGAAGAGGAAUUUAGCUGUAGGUCUUGGGGCAUGUGGUACUGGUGUGGGAACAUUCGUUUACGCCCCAAUGACCCAAUAUUUCAUUGAUGAAUACGGCUGGAGGGGAACCAUAUUACUGCUUUCUGGGACACUGCUGAAUCUAUGCGUCUGUGGCUGUGUGAUGCGUGAUCCCGAAUGGUGGAUUAUAGAACAGAAGAGACAAAGAAUGAAAGAUAUGAAGAGUACGAGAAACUCCAGUACUUUGUCAAUUUCGAAUCAUCACGGCCAAGAGGCUGAUUCUCCAACGAGAGGUAAAUUCAUGGAGGGACUGAUAAAACGAGGAGUAUCCCCAGAGACUGUGAUAAGACAAGAAGCAGAAACCAUAAGGCAACAGAAAAUUGUUUUUUUGCCAGAAACUUCGGGUAGACCAAGGUCGAAAUCUGUGGUGGAUCUUCCGACGUAUUCUACUCAAAAUGAUAAGAUAUCGUUAUCCGCACUAGAAACUUUAAUUAAAACAAUCGGUAAAGAGUACGAAAUCGAAGUUAAAUACCCAAAGUUCGCUUUGAACUCGAAUAAGAGACGGCUAAAAAGAGAAGCUAGGAUUGAGGACUAUCCACUGUACGCCGAACCCAAAAAUGUGCAAAGGACGUAUUCAGAUAUAUGUGAAUUACAUGGAAAAAAUAAUUUUGAUGAGAAUCAAGAUAAUAAUAAACGAGAAAGAUUAAUAGCGAAGACUAUUUCCGAAACUAAAGAUGUCGUUCUAGUUAAACAAGACAGUAAAGAGAACAAGAGAGAUUGGUUGAGGAAGCAGUUGUCCGUCAAUCAUCAUUACCUAAAAGACCUGAAGAUGCCAAUCACUUCGAUAAGCCAUAGGAACGCGAUGCUCAAUAUCAGGAAGUACAAGCUAAAGGCCUCAUCUUGUCCGGAUAUCUUCAAGAAUUCCAUGAUCACAAUCAACGAAAAAGAAGAGAAAUGGUACGCAGACUGCGUUUCUUGUGUCUCCGAUAUGUUCAACGUGUCCCUAUUUAAGCGUCCCACAUUCAACUUACUUUGUUUGGGCACCAUUAUUAUAUUUGUCUGGUUCAUCGUGCCUUACUUCUAUCUCGCCGAGCACAUGACCAUUAAAGGAUAUACUGAGGAUGACGGCGCUUUGAUGCUCAGCUUAAUUGGAAUCACGAAUACUAUAGGAAUGGUUGGCCUCGGCUGGAUCGGCGAUUUUCCAAAUGUGUCAAUUGGGAAUUUAUAUGCAGUUUGUUUGGUACUCUGCGGUGCUUCGGUAGCGGCUAUUCCACCAGCAGUAGCCAAUUAUUGGGUGUUGGCCGCAAUAGCUUGUGCGUUUGGGCUGUUAUUCGCGGCCUCGUUCACCUUUACGCCAAGUUUGCUGGUCAAACUGGUUUCGUUGGAUGACUUUACAUCUGCUUAUGGUUUGGUGCUGUUGGCCCAAGGUAUUGGGCAUUUGAUUGGACCUCCACUGUCAGGUUUAAUUUUCGACCUGACAAACUCCUGGGAGCUCUCUUUCUAUCUGUCAGGUGGAUGGAUAAUGGCGGCUGGUGUACUCAUCUCAUUCAUACAGCCGGUUCAAACUUAUUAUCAACGGAGACGUAAUAUCGACGACAACAAGAAUAGUUUCAGCGAAGCAUAGACAAAUGCGGACUUUACCCCAAUUUUUUUAAAUUAAGAAUUUGUCCAGUGUCAUUGAGAAUACGAUUUAAUUUAAAGUUUGACAUUUUGACAAUGACAUUUUAGUUAGGUGCGUUCUUCGACUUAAUCUAAGAAAGGCUUUUUCUUGUUCGGUCAAUUAUUUGAACUAGUUGGUCCGUUAGACGAAAUUCGACCACAAUUAUUGACGUCUCAAGGUUCACCUUAGUUUUCACGUGUUCCCUUUAUUUUGCAAUUGACAUUCUUCCGAGUAAUGGAACAAAAACUACUAUAAAUAAAAAUAACUACUAUAUAAAAAAAGGAACUGUCUUUUUUGCAUAUUUAUUUCUUGAAAAAAUCUACUUGGACCACUCUGUUAAUGUAUUCUGCAGGUCAUCUUGGAAAUCUUUAACGGUCUGACGUACUCUUCCACGAGGAACGCCAGGACUGCCUAUCAGGUAGACUGCUUAUGGCGGUUUAUAAUUCUUGCCGUAUAACAAAAUUAAAUAUUGACGUUUUAAGCUACAAGAGAAUCUCUAGCGAUUUUGGCACGUCUACUUUUGUCAAUUAAAAACACCAUUCCGUCAAUUUUACAAACACCAGAAUGUGCUUAAAGUUUAAAUUAAAAUAUGACAUAUUCCACACCCAUGAUUAUUUUAACUUUCUGUUCUGAUGCCCAAGAUUAUUGAAUUUAAGAAAAAAAUAUCCUUCACGAUGGUUAAUCGAAAAUCGAAAUUAACCCGAGUACACUUGAGUACAGUAGCUGUGUGAAAUUGACGCCCAAAAAAAGGUAUUAUUGUACUGAUUAAAAGUAUUGGGUAUAUACAGUAAAUUCGAGUCAGUUUUCUUAGAAGAAAAAUCGAACUAAGAGCUUUAUGUUGAAGAUUGUAGCGAAAGAAGAAGUAGAUAUUAAACAUAAUAAGCUUGAUUUUAAGAUCCAAUUAACUAUCAAUGUAAAUCAGAUUGACGAUUCUACAAAUAAGGUAUUGGCUAAGUAAUAACGAUUUCUCGAAACAACGGUCUACUUGCGGUAGGCAGCGGCUUGGCUCUGCCCCUGGCAUUGCUGAAGUCCAUGGGCGACGGUAACCACUCACCAUCAGGUGGGCCGUAUGCUUUUAAUUUUUUUAAGUUUUUAAAUCUGGAUAUCGAUUUAUGGUGUUUUUUAUUCUAGGCUAAGUAGGCUUUUGCACUAUCAAAUCGUUAUAACUUUAAGAACGAUUCGGAAUACCGAGAAGAGUCUGCAAGAAAUUAAGGGCUUGUUCUUCCAAUACGCUUUGUACAUUGUAAAAUUAUAAUUUAGAAUAUUUCAUUUAGAGCUAAACACUUUUUGGAACGAAGUUCCUUAUGGGCGAUGUGGAAGGGUACCCUAACAGGGAAAAACGUCCGUAACGUAAGAUUUUUAUUAGUAAUGCCCACACUAUACGACUUAACUUUGUAAUAACGUACAAAAAAUAACAUAUUUUUUUAUCAUUCAUUGACCACGAUCUCAGAGCGUUCGUUUGCGCAAUACACUAUAGUACUCUUAGGCAAACAACCGUGAAUGAAGUGUACCACAAUAAGUUCGCACGUUACCGAAUGACCGUGGGUUGUUGCGAAACCUUUAGUUUUAUUUUCUUUAUACCUCGAAUAGAACUUAAAAUGAAUAUUUUUAUAAUAAGGAACUUCGUUCCUAUCCGGUGUCCCACAACACCACACAUCUUUUAUUUGUUUUCAUAAAGUAAUUAGUUAAUAAUGUAUGUAACUCGUUCGUUAGCAAAACUAAACGAAAUAUUGAUGUUUAAAUGUAAUAUCAAAUGUUUACUCGAUAAUAUAAUACAAUACAAUACGCGAGCAAGUUGAUUUUGAAUUAUUGUCACACUGCACAACACUUAUCUCUCUUUCAUUUCAAUUUAUUUUUUAAUUAAAUAAAUUCACACAUAUUUAAUUUAUGUUUCAAUUAAUUGUUACAAAUACAAUAACACAGAUAAUACAUAUUGUUCUCAUUGUUUACGUCACUGUUUGUUCAAUUUAAAACAAAACAAUGUAUGACGACAAUAUAAACAAGCAAUUAUCGUUUAAUUAAUGAAGAAAAUAUUGUUUGAACUACUUUUACGGUUUAUAAAUCUCGCGUUUGUUCCGAUUUUAAUUACUUACUUCUGAUGUUUCGAAUAUUUUCGUUUUCGUGAUUCGUCGGGAAUUCUGUUUGACUGUAAUUAAGCCGGGAUCACUUAAUAUUAAAUAACUAGCGUCCCGCCCUCGCUUCGCUUCGGAAACUGUAAUUUAUUAUUGAUUUCUCCACUAUUUAAUGGAUGUUAUUGUACAUAAUAUAAACCUUCCUCUUCAAUCACUCUAUCUAUUAAAAAAAACCGCAUCAAAAUCCGUUGCGUAGUUUUAAAGAUUUAAGCAUACAUAGGGACAGACAGAUGUAGGGACAGAGAAAGCGACUUUGUUUUAUACUAUGUAGUGAUAUUAAACCGUAAAAAUAGUUUUCAUUACGUCCACGCUCCGAGAACACCGAAGAACUUACUGAAAAAAAAAUCUUACCUUUUUUCUACCAAUUCUAGUAACCUCAAGGGGUUAUUCUAGAUUCGCCGAGCUAGUAGGUGAGCUCACGGGGCUCUAACCUGGUGAUGUUGCUCACAUUAGCCAUGGCAAGAGCAUCGCUUCGCUGAAUCUACCACCGGAUCGGAAACGGGACCCACUGAGAAAAUCCCUCCAAGAAACUCAGUGAACUAAAACGCCUUGUUCGGACAAAUUUGUACUACCAGUUUCACGAAUAGUUUUCAAGUUUCAUAUGAAUUAGUAAAUCGUAAGCUCCGAUAAGUUGAAUAUUGCAAAAUUAUAUGUACGCUUAUAAAUUUGUAAAUUAAAUACAUAGAUAUAUACAGGAAUGCUAGUAUAAUAAUGAUCUUAAUAUUUCUGAUAAUAUAAAUAUAUAUUUACUAAACUAUUUAUUCAUGUUGUUGGUGUAUAUUUAAUCACAAUUAAAUGCAAUUACUGAAUUAUUAUU